AUGACUACCCAAUAUCAAGAGGACGAUAGCCAAAACACAGAGGAGACAAGUAGGAACCUUAUGGAUGUUGAAGCAGCAGAUACUCCAGGGCAGCACGUGUACCAAGUUCAAUUGCCAGAUCUAUGGGAUAUGACUUUGGACGUCCAAGCCAGCAUGGUGGAAGCGAUCGUUUCCCUGACCCGAGAGACCGCACCCAGGUGGCGUCAGGUUUUGUUCGGUAUCGCAGGUGGACCCGACGAGCCAGCCACCCGAGGUGUGGUUGGAGUAACCAGUAACGCAGUCAGCUCCCCUGGUGGUCCUCCAACAUCCGGUGACUUAAUGAUGCUGCGCGUUAAUCCAACACCGACAUCUGUCGGUCUGGGACAGGUAGUUUCAUCCGCAACUGGGAUGAUUCAGUCGGGAAGUGUUGGUGGGCCCCUCACUGGAAGUACCGGUAACUUGGGCCUUCCUUUGCAUACAGAAACGCUAUCUCCUUCCCCACGUGGUGUUACUGGAGUUUCGCCCACCAAUGUGAACACCAGCACGGAAUUCGGUGAGUUAUCUCUAACAGGACGCUACACCACUGAGGACCACAAAGUCCUGGCUGUCUACGGUGCACUGCUUGUGGGGGAAAAAUGCCGACCACGCGAAGUGCUGAAUGUUGAGUUACUGACUCGAAUUACAGCCGGCAUUGUUAACUGGUUCCUGGACACCAUUUACACCACAGAAGCUGGUUCCGUCUAUGAUGGGCGUGGAACUCUGCGGCAACGAUACGAACUGGGAGACUUGUUGGAAAAAGUGAAGAGCGAAUACAUUCUAAAAUGGAUCCAAGAGGUUCAGCGACUGCAUCCUGAAGCCAUAUUUGCCGUACUUCUACCACAUCCAUUGGAGUACGCUCGUGUUGGAAGUUGUUGGGAUACUUUGUGCAAUCGAACAACCCAGGUCAAGCAAGGAUUAAGUAGGCUCGGAAGCCUAAUUCCCUACGACAUUAUCACCUUUGAGGUGUGGGAUUUCGUGAUGCCAUACUGGUUGGAAUCCAUAAGGACCGAAGUGCCACGCGCUGAAUAUUUCGAAUUGGAGGUACUUUUGAAAAAGAUAUUUGAUGCUACUGCCGGACCGUUCCCAUUCCUGCCUCAGAAAGUGUAUCAUUUCGCAGCGGAAAGCUUUAUCAAUACGCCGGCAGCAGUCCAAGACCAGGCCUUGGCAUGGCUGGAGAUACUGACCACUGUGGAAGUUCCUAUCCCGAUGAAAGAAUUGCUCACAAUGUUUCGCAAUGGUGUGGAAUCAUUUCAAACCGAAAUUCUGAUGCCAGACAUAUGUAAUUACAAUGGGGAUCAGGAUCCACACGAUGAAGUGAAUCAAUCCCAGUCAAAACAGAAUGGGACGCAACAACAUCCACUGACAGCAGACCAUUCGGUGAGACAGCAUACACAUGAGGCAGACAACAACAACAACCACGGCCAAAGUAACAAUCAUCCGACAGACAGCUUUCUCCAUGACGGAAACAUACUCCAGCGGCGUCGUCUGACCAGUCCACCACAAUCCGAUGAGGAUCAAACACAAGACGAAGCGAAAAACCUAUUGUCCGGAACAGCAACGUUACCAAAAAAACUGACCAAGAGGUCGCGUAAACUUGCCUUACAGAAACAUGCUAGUGAUGGCGCUGAAAUUCCGGAGGCCAGCCCCAUUCCUGAGCAUCUGAGUGGAUGUCCUAUAGAAAGAAAUGCUAUACAGGAUAAUCCCAGGUCCCAGCCACCACAGCCUUCGGCUACCAUUCGGUCUGAACGUUCGAAAGGUACAGCAACUGAGUACAGAGCAACAGCAUGUUUGACCCAGAUGCUAAACGUUGCUUAUCGACAGCUAAAAAUUCAGGAUCCUCUCGGUCAUACAAAACUAACUCAAGAGACCCCGCAACUGUUAUUUGGACUACUUGGAGAGAUGCUUCAAGUUUAUUGGGGCUACAGUGAUACAGUUCCUCAAAGAGGGCUCAAGACCAUGUAUUGUGAAGGACUUGAGUCGUGUAUAUUUCCCCCGAUAAAAGAAGCAACGUUUUUGCGGUCAGCCGAAGAGGAAGAAACUUCCAGUAGAUCUGAAUGCAUUCACUGCUUGGAUAUUUUAUCGCUGUUGAAUUACACCAACCUCAUUUGUCAACAUCUUGUACCAGUACGACCAUCACCGAAGUCCAGCGUAGAUUGCACACCCGAAGCCCUUACGCAGACCGCAGAGUUAUCCGAGCAAAAGGAUUGGAGAUCAUCUAGUGUAGAAGGUUCGGGGAAAAAGAAACUAGCGAAGGAGUUUACAGUUUCGUGCGAUCUUCCUGACACUUCCUACGUCAACAUGAUGCCACCACUGAUACGGUUUGUGUAUUUAUUGCUUCAAUUUAUUCGGAGACCACCCGGUGUUUCAUCAAACGAAUAUGAACUAGAGAGUAACUCCUCGGUACUGGAGCCGCAAUGCACACAAGAUCCUAUCGCUUUGCAGUGUGUAAUUGAGUGCCUGGUCUACUUAUGCCACUUAGGCAAAGUAUUGCAGAAUUCAAUCGCAAACGCCAAAAAGAAUAUGAUGAGCCCAACUGUGGGAUCCACAUUGCUGGGGAGCGGUGAACAACAACAAGCUUCCGGGGUCCGCGGACAUUUCCCGGGAAAAGCCCCAACUCAAAUUGCUGCCGGAUCGCAGAUGUCCAGUGGAGCGGGCUUAAAGGACUGUGCAGCCACUCCGCAAGCGCAGUUGAACUUCAUAUUUUAUCUUAUUCACUGUCAUUUGAUACCGAGUUUGUGGAGUAUGCUGAAGUCCGACUUGUCCCAGGUGUCCAGUUGGGUCGUACCGUUGUUGUUGCACUGCGUCACACUUCCGGGGGGGUCAACAGUGCUCUGGCGCAUUAUUGAAGAUGAAUUCGCACAUAUUGACUGGCGGAUACGCUUCGAUGCCAUUGAAAAGGCUGCAGUUAUGCUACGCGAGUUGGAUCAUCAAGUGCUAAAUCAGGGCUUCAGCAAUGCUGCUGGCGUGAAAAUCGCCAGCCUCCUCUCUGGCGGAAUCACAGUCAAUGCGAGUGGUGUACAUCUUUUCACACGUAGCGUAUCGGCUGCGGGUGCUCGCUCACGUACUACAGGCGGGAGAAUGAAUACAACCAAAGGUUUUGUUGCAUUGAAUCGAGCCCAUGGAGGAGGCGUUAUGAGCACGGAGGGAAUGAUAGACUCAACAACUUCGCCAAAUGAAAAUCCGUUCAUUCGAACGGCUGUGGCCCACGCCCUCUGUCGUCUGAUUGAAUCCUUGGAUGAUCAUAAUCCAAUAAUAGCUCAAUCUGCUGCAAAACACUUGGCCUCCCUGAACAAUAUGGCGUUGACGUGCGGCGUUCAAUGCCUGGAGUUCCAGUUCGAUACGGUAGUCGCGGAUCGGUGCUUGAUUCUCCAAAGGAUGCAUCAAUUGAGCUGUGCCUUGCCAAACCGACAAGUGUUUACCUGGGAUUUCUUCGUCAAUCGAUUCGGUUUGUUGGCUCUGCAUGCGCAACUGAACUUGUCUGGGAAGCAAGAGAUUGAUGCAGUUAUGGAUAUCAAUGGCUAUCAUCGAAACAGUCAACACUUUCAGACACAGUUUGACAGGGCUUGUUUCGCGCUGUCAGCAAGCUCCGCACUGAGGGCCAUUAGCAAGCCCAAUGGAUUUGGUAAUUCUCGUUUCAAGAUGGUCGCAAACAUUGCGGAACCCCCAGCUCAGCUGUCUCAUCCGAAUGCAGUCCGACACGCACACUCGGAACUGCCAACCUUCGUGCAUGAGCCCACAACUGCGGUCAAAAGUCAAGACAUUUCUACAGGUUUGCAAGGACAACAGUCUGUCAAGGUGCUGGACAAUCUCAGAUCUCACACUUACCGCAGGUCCCGGAUGUCCAUCUCACCGCUAGUCGGAUUCUUCCCAAAUAUGCACUCUGGCGUUGAGUUCAUGGAUACCAGCAGUAAAGUUCUGUCUAACAUCCGGUCCGCCUUGGAGCAGAAUGGAAGUGAACGAGAUACAUUACAUCAGUGGGUUCGACUUCUGCUUGAAUUCAUGGCCACUGUUCCGUACGAUCAUCGUCUGGACGAUUGUAUCGGCGUUGGUACCGCUGCGAGCGAUGUGGGAGCGAGCAGCGCCGGGUCUGGCUUUACCGAGGCUGUCAGUGGUACUGAAGGAACUGGCGGAGGCAGACACCAAGCAAAUGCCACUUCUAAGGAAGAAAUGCGCGAUAGACGGGCGCUAUACAGAGCUGAACAACACAUUGCCUUUUUGCUGGGUUAUGUGGAUGGAGCAUUCAGCAUCCCACCACACAAGAUGAGAGCUUCAACCGCUUUUCACUCUUUUCUUGCCCAUGUGAGUGGAGUUUUGGAUCGCAACUUCAGCAUGGGUUCAAACAUCUUACAUCAAACUUUGGCUGUGCUACAAUUUUGUGCGUCACCCCAACGAUACGCUACUGAUACGCAACCACCUACCUUCACACUGAGACUACUGGAGCCCCAGCUGCGAAUGUAUUGGUUACGAACAUUGGCUGUGAUUUUGUACAAGUAUGAAUACAGUGAUUUUGGCGGAGCUGCUACUGGGGGGUUUACAGGAACCGCGGGAAUGGGGACUUCUCACCUUACCACCUCACUGAAUCACACCGGUUUAACAGGCGGUGCAUCAACAACUGAUUGCACCAGUGGACCGCCUAGAUUGAGGAAAACAAGUUCUGAAGCAAACCUGCUAGAUCAAGGGCAGGCUAGUCGAUCAGUUUGCGAUGGAGGACACGCGGUACUCGGGAUCAACCUCUCCAGUGGGCAUGGGGAUGCAACGACGAAUGUCCCCACUCUUAGUGGAGGAUCUGCUUCUCCACCAAGAAGUGGACACUACAUGGCUGGAACAGCUGCGCUCACUAACUUACCGUCUGGAGGAACUCGUGGCCUUAUUGAAUAUCUCAUCCGAAUUGUCUUGAACACGCUUGACGCUCAUGUGCACGUCUGUCGUGAUCGAAAGGAAGACGAACCGUAUGAACAACCCACGUCUCCUCUCAGACUCCGAGGAGUGAGCACUGUGAGCGGGGACUUUAACACGAUCGUUGAGAAGGACACGCCGCCAGCCAGUCCAGGCAAGGUGAGUCAAGAAGCGGACGAAGAGAUCGUCAUGCCGGGAGUCACAGUCACCCCUGUCGACUCAGGAGAACGACCGAUACAAGAAGAAGGACGGAGACAGAUAGAGGUAGGAGAAGACGAACCGAGUGAUUAUCGAUUACAGUGCUUCACCGAUAGCGCUGACCCGGAGUCAACGCAGGAAGUUCCUUCGGGAUUAAAGAGCUUGAAGGUAGCUUCCCAACACCAAACUCUUAUGGCACCAAGUUCCCAGAAUACCAAAUACAGGGCUGGUUGGAAGACCGUCAGCAGUGCCAUACCAGAUGCCAACUGGAACGAAGGAGCUAAGGGUAUCGGAAAGCAGGCGUAUGGAAUCAAUCCAACACCGAGUACAGAAAUCAGUGAUUUGAUGCCGCAGUCAAUACCAUCCACUCUUUCCGUGUAUGAACAGACAAUACUUGCACCCGUGCUGAACGACGGUGCGGAAAUACACGCGGUACACAAUGGAAGUAUUACAGAGGCUACCUCAUCUCUUCAAACCGGCGGAGUGGUCGGUUCACGUGCAUUGGCUCAAAGCAAAGUGGGUAGAAAAGGUGCGCUACGCUUCCAGAAACAUCAUCCAAUAGAUAUUCAAUAUGAAGAAGAUGCGGAUUCAGAGAAUACAGAAGGCAUUAUAGCAAACCAACUCCUCUGCUCAGUGGAUCCUACUCACAUUUCGGCUAUCUCGGACUCCACGGACAAAGAACACCAUCAACUGGAAACAGAUGAACCAGAUUUCCCUGCUGAAUUCCAAGAUUCAGUAGGAAAGCAAAUGCGUUCGUCGAAAGCAUUGAAAAUCGUGGCAAAUUCCGAUUUGAUUACACGCACAUCCAACCUGUGCAGAACAGAGAGGAAGAAGCUGAAGCCAUCUAAAGACUGCGCAACACUGCAGCCAACCUCACAAUCCAGUAGUGCCACGGUUGCGGCUGCGACAGUGGCUCUGAAUACCGAGCGCUGUGCCUGGUGCAACCAGUUACUCGAACGUUAUGAUGAAUCAACGCUGGGAUUGGGAAUCAUUUGCUUGGCGACAUUCGUUCAUCAGGAACCAGCUUUAGCAGCGCCAUUUUUAAGAGAAAUGAUGUUAAUAAUGACGCGCUUGGCAAACACCCCUCUCUAUUCAUGGCAGUCGACAGCCCCUCACGUGAUCGUGCCUGGAAACGUUUCAAGCAUCGCUCGACAAUUCUUACGAUGCACAAUGUAUAAUUUGGCCCCGAACGGACUAUUCCUCCAGUUAUUCCAAACAGCAAUCCCUGAUGAACACUUUUUCAGGUGCAUCAUUAGCGUGCUGGUGGAUUUUGAAGAACACAUGUCGUUCUUUGAGCCGAUCUUACUAGUAUUGGAACCACUGAACAAACGGAAAUCCCUGCCUACUGAUUCACUGCCUACAUUACUUGAGAACUUGGCCAAUUAUUUGGAACACUUACCAAAUUUGACUGAUGACACAAAGAUCAACCACUUUAUCGCCACCGGAUGGAGUGAGAUUAUUGGCCCACUGGAGCUGUUCCUUCGCAAACUGGUCUGCGUGAACCCGGUGCCGGCCAACCUAGACACUUCUGUGCGUAUAAUGACUUACAUACUGCGGUCCCCAGUGGCUUCAAAUUUCAAGACUCUUCCAGACACAUUUGCGGCUUUGUUGCGUAUUAUCGUGGGGAACGUGACAUUCAGACUCUGUGGUGUGAUUGAGCUGUGCUCGCUCAGCAAUCGAACACUAAAGGAACGAACAAAGUCACAGUUGAGCAAAGCAAUGGUGGAACUAUUUCUACAAUACAUCAAGUUCCGAAUCAGCCUCCCGGACGAAAAUCUUAUGAAAUUGCUACAGUUCAUUUUGUUGGAUGCUGGUGGAACGGCUGAACCCAACCAAGUGGUUGAUGGCUUGACCUCAUUGUUUAAUCCACAAACCUACCACCUGUUCGCUACGGGAGCUUCAGAACUUAUGCGUCCUCAUCUGACUGACUGCAUCACAUUUAUCUCAGACGUCCACACGAUAAACAAGGUGAAGCAGGCACAAAAGUCGGCUGCCCAGCUCAAGGUGAAUAGUUUCGGAACGAGUGCAGGCAGUGGACCUACCGCGGUCAGCGUUUCCGCAAAUCCCAAACUGUCCGCCAAUCUGAGCCCAUCUGCCGUCCCGCAUAACACGGCAGGGGGUCUGCUUAGUUCUGGACUUUCAACAAGCGCACAUGGUGGUCUAAACGUCGGGAGCCAAACAGGUGGACUUAGCACUGCAAUCGGAUUGGCCACCACCCUACCGAGCAUACACGAAGAUGUGUUGGGAGCUCACUUAAAAUCAGGUGUUGCACAAUAUGUUGCCCUGGAGUUAUCGCGGUCAAGUAAUUGCAACGACCAAGAUGUGCUGUCUAUACUUGCUCCAGGUUUAAUAGCGGACAUAAGGCCGAUGAAAAGUGCAGGAUUUGUGACAAGUCACGCGUCGAAUCGAGUAAGGACUACAACGACUUGUGCGGGGCCUUCGGCGCCAACUGUUGGUAUGUUGACAAGCCAUCAGGGAACUGAAACAGAUCCAGCUAAAAAUACUCGACUUUCUGGUAGCAUCACAUCCAAAAAAAGCGAAGACAGCGACCGGAGAGAUAAAACGGCUCAUCGGAAUACGGAUACGACUGUAAUAGUAAUCACACCUUCAGUAGAUCCCCCGGAAUCCCCAUCGGGUAACACAGAAGCCGAUGCAAAGCGAAGCCUAAGGGGGAGCUUUUCGGUUUCUGCGAACAGCAUAACCACCCCCAGCAGUUUGUCUCCAAGAGGAAAUACUUCCAAUUCUUCCAUCGUUUAUCCACAGUCAACCGGCUACGGGGGGACAACAUUGUCAAUGACGGAGAACCUGACGUUACCGCCAGGGUCACCAAGCACAAUCUCCCCAAAAAUGGGAGCAUACAACCACAUGACGCCGGCAACCACCUUAUCUCAAACUUCGCAGCUAGAUGCCCCAGUUUUGCAUAUACUACCGUGGCUCAAAUCGAUUCCUCCGUCCUCUCAGUUGGGCCCUCGCGAUUUCCUAGUCAUGGUUGAAAGGGCUCGCACUAUUUCCUGGCUUUUGCUCGGUGCUACCAUGAACAUGGCCUUGACUCGUGAGGCCACUGGACUGGCUUGUCGACCGAUCCCUUUUGUCCUCGUCCGUGCGGUGGCCGAUCUGGUAAAAGCGUUGUUGAGCAGUUUCCCAGAGCAGCAGAAACAAUCUGUUACUGUGAUGUCAUCAUUGUACCACGUUUUCCUUUUGUGUCAACUUUGGACAGUGUACUGUGAAGCAGCUGCCAGCCUCGCUCCACUUCACUCCACACAACACAAAGUGGCGAUCGCAACAGCCAUGGACUUUUGGACCCGGGUGAUGCCCACGGUACUACGCCUUUUGUCCAUCUCGGAAGAUUUCAUAGUUGUCAGUGGGAGAUUGCUGUCGGUGAUCGAAGAACUCCUGGAGUGCCAAUGCUCGACAGUAACAAAAUUCAUACCAAUCUGGAUUCCAAUGCUGUGCGGAAGACAAAGGCAGCUGCCGGGAAAUAUGCUGAAACGUUUACAGAAAAUUAUAGAGUGGGCGGCCCCAGAGCCAUGUACACGUAUGCUGCUGCUCUUGUCCAUUUCGGAGGCGAACGAUCAACCACCGAGGAAUACAAUGAGCAGUGAACAUCCCGAAUCAGAGCCAGAAAAGUUAGAGAAAAUCCGGUUACACACGACGACUCCCUCACUUCCAGGUUUGUCGACGUCAUCGCUCACGAUGUGUCAAGCAAAUGCGCUGAUGGGUUGUAAUCCAAUACCAAAAGUGGCGCGAGGACUGGCGGAGGAGGAAGGUGCUUCCGGGGCCAUCCAGUGUGCAGGACAUGCACUGGCAUCAAAUGCACCAUAUGGAAACGUCGGAAUUGGCACAGGGGUCGGGAUAGGCGCAGGUGCAUUAGGCACCGAUUUACUGACAAGCCGACUUGUGGCCUGGCUAAAAAAGCACAUAUUCGUGCUUGGUCGCAAUGAGGAUCAACAUUCCACAGCCACACACAUAUUUGUGCACUAGAACGGCUCAUAAAAAAUACAAAAGAAAACUGCAGGAGUGGGUGCCACCAGGUUUUACUACCCAGAACCAUGUAAUUUUGCAGUGCCAGAGUUGAAGCUACCUGUACUUGAUUUCUUAUCCAUUUACCAUUACGUUGUUUCACUUAACUGUUCCGCAAGUAGAAUAUUUCACACC